CCUCCUCCUCUUCUGCUUCUUCUCGACUGACUCUGCUUUGCUUUCUCCUCAAUCUAAUCAUCUCAGUCAUUUUUUUUUAUAUAUUUUUUGUAAAAAUAAGGGGUUUAUUAUAUAUUUGUAUUGAGCUCAUAAAAUCGACUUCGGUGAUUUAGAAGCCCUAGCUUUCGGCAUGGAGGAGGCUCCCAAGGCCGCGGCGGAGGCCGAGGCCAGGGUCAAGCCUUUCGUCCUCCCCAACGGCGCACUGCGGAAGCACCACCACCACCAGCACCACCACCGCCCGCCGAGCUCUGCUCCGGCGGCUGAGUUCAUGUACCGCGAGUGCCUCAAGAACCACGCCGCCAGCCUCGGAGGCCACGCCCUCGAUGGAUGCGGCGAGUUCAUGCUCUCUCCCUCCGCCGACCCAGCGGACCCCACCUCCCUCCGCUGCGCCGCCUGCGGAUGCCACCGCAACUUCCACCGCCGGCUCCCUGGCCCCCACCGCCGCGACGGCGCCGAGGACGACCGCGGCGGCACCGAUGACGACGAGGAGGAAGACGAUGAGGAGGAGGAGGAAGAGGAGGAGGAAGAAGACGGGAAGAUCCCCCUGCCGCACCACCGCGUCUCGCGCUCGCCGCCUCCGCCACCCUUCCACUCCGCCCCCCACAUGCUCCUCGCCCUCAGCGCCGGCAUCCCAGGCGGCCCCUCUCCGUUGCCCAUCCCUGCACGGCCCGUCGCCGUACCUUCCCUGGCCAUGACCACCGCAGCUCCGCAGCCGCGGAAGAGGUUCCGGAGCAAGUUCAGCCCGGAGCAGAAGGGGCGGAUGCAGGAGCUGUCGGAGCGGCUGGGGUGGCGGAUGCAGAAGCGGGACGAGGGGAUGGUGGAGGAGUGGUGCCGCGAGAUUGGCGUCGACAAGGGCGUCUUCAAGGUCUGGAUGCAUAACAACAAGCACACCUUCCUCGGCCUCUCUCGGCGUGGGAGAAACAGCGGCGCUACCGGCGGUGGCCAAACAGAAAGGAACAGCCCUAGCAGCAAUGGCGACGGCGUCCACCACAGCGGCAGGGACGAUGCUGAUGGCAACAACGGGCAUGUGGUGAACGAUUCUUUUUCCUCUUGAGCUGAGCUGAGCUCAGUCUCCCUUUGGAAUUCUGCAUCUGUUGCUGUUGUUGUUGCACUAGUAUUCACUACUAGUUAUCAGUAAGUAGUUCAUGCACGGUUAAUUUAGAGUUCUUUGAAGCCCCUUUGUUCACUGUUAACUUUAGUUUAGCUGCUUAUAUGAAGUAGAUUAGAGUAUAAUGAAGAGAGAAGAGAGAGGAAUCCAAGCAUUAUGUUUUAAGGUUGCUAAUGCUUCUUUUCCUGUUUUUCAAUAAAAAUGAAAUCUUUUCCACGAA